AUGGCAUCUUUCAAGAACUUCUUGUCCACUCUAGGGCAGUUCUCAAGAACACUAUCAUCAUCAUCAUCAUGUCCUCUCUCAAAUCCAGGAUCCCACAUUCUACUCAUUUCACUUCUCCUUCUCUCAAUUCUCCUCCUUUCAGCAUCACGGACCAAUCACUCACCGGCCAUUCUAGUCUCAGUUAUUGCUUCCCGCAUUCGUGUUGUUGCAAACUACAUCUCUCCCUUCUCUUCAAUUUCUUCCUCAAACACAUGCCUUGUCUUGGACUGUGAGAGCAACUGCACGAUCUCUUCAGUCACUGUAAUCGAAAGACCUCAUAAGAGUUCAAGAAAUGAUCAAGAAAGUUAUAACCUGAUAGAAAACCUGAGUUCUUGUGAUAUCUUUAAUGGUAACUGGGUGGUUGAUGAUUUUGAACCUCUUUACCAACCAGGGUCUUGCCCUUAUAUCGACGACGCUUUCAAUUGCUUCAAGAAUGGAAGACCCGAUUCUUAUUACCUCAGAUAUAAAUGGAAGCCACGUGGGUGUCACAUUCCAAGGUUUGAUGGGAGAAAAAUGUUGCGGAUGCUGAGAGGGAAGAGAUUGGUGUUUGUUGGUGACUCUUUGAAUAGGAACAUGUGGGAGUCUUUGGUCUGUGCAUUGAGAGAAUCGUUGAAAGAUAAAAGCACACUCUAUGAGGUUUCGGGUAGGCGACAGUUCAGGACUCAGGGUUUCUAUUCUUUCAUAUUCAGAGAUUACAACUGCUCCAUAGACUUCAUCAAAUCACCAUUUCUUGUUCAAGAAUCGAAGAUCUCAGAUAGGAUUGGAAAACGAAGAGACACUCUAAGGCUUGACAUGAUUCAAGGCCCUUCCUCCAAGUAUUAUGAUGCUGAUAUAAUCAUCUUCAACACUGACCACUGGUGGACUCACCACAAAACCUUCAAAGGCAUUAAUUACUUCCAGGAAGGCAGCCAUGUCUAUAACAGACUUGAAGUUACAGAAGCAUACACAAAAGCCUUGAAAACUUGGGCUCAAUGGGUUGAUGCAAAUGUUGACAGUAACCGUACCAGGGUCUUCUUUCGCGGUUACUCAGCUCCUCACUUCAGGAAAGGGCAAUGGAACACAGGUGGGCGCUGUGAUGCUGAGGCACAACCCAUAACUAAUGAGAACUACAUGGUUCACUAUCCAUGGAUGAUGAAAAUCCUUGAAUCAGUAAUAGCUGAAAUGAAAACACCAGUGUUUUAUCUCAACAUUACAAAGAUGUCAGACUACCGACAAGAUGGACAUCCUUCAAUCUACAGGCAAAUGGAGAUCCCAAGAAGCCCUGGAAUGAUCCAGGACUGUAGCCACUGGUGCCUUCCCGGUGUUCCAGAUUCCUGGAAUCAGCUUCUCUAUGCCACUCUGCUAGUUUCCCAUUAUGGCUUGCCUAGCAAAUCAAAGAAAUGACUUGCAAAUGCUCUUGUAAUUUUGUGUACUUUUUGGCAUGCA